CCUUCCGCUUCUUGCAGUGGCGGAAGUGACGCACGGUGCUGCUAGGGCUCGCUGUGCCUAGCGUUUGCAGCCGACGCAAGAGCGCGAGACAGACAACAUCAUCAGAUACGAGCGAAAUACCGGAUUAUUCGCCCGCUACGAAACCCCCAGCGACCGUGCUGAAAGAUAAACAUCAUGAACCCUGUUUAUAGCCCUGCUUCAUCAGGGGUUCCUUAUGCCAACCCUAAAGGAAUAGGAUACCCAGCGGGGUUUCCUGUGGGUUAUGCAGCGGCAGCUCCAGCAUACUCCCCCGGCAUGUACCCUGGCACUAAUCCAGCCUUUCCCACAGGUUAUGCUCCCGGGACACCUUUCAAAAUGUCCUGCUCCCCAACAACAGGUGCUGUACCCCCCUAUUCUUCAUCACCCAACCCCUACCCAACUGCAGUCUACCCCGUGAGAAGUCCCUACCCCCAACAGAACCCCUACGCACAGCAGCAAGGCACUUACUACACACAGCCCCUCUAUGCAGCGCCACCGCAUGUCAUUCAUCAUACAACGGUGGUCCAGCCCAAUGGCAUGCCAGCGGCUAUGUAUGCCCCUCCCAUUGCCCCGCCCCGCCCGAAUGGAGUGGCCAUGGGCAUGGUAGGAGGCACCACCAUGGCGAUGUCAGCUGGGACAUUAUUAACUACUCACUCCCCGACCCCAGUCGCACCCCACCCUUCAAUGCCCACGUACCGCCCGCCUGCCACUCCCACCUACAGUUACGUGCCCCCGCAGUGGUGAACACGACACUGUAAGUGCACAUCCCACGUUUGCCAGCUCUUAAGGUGGUAAAGAAAGAUGGUAGAUAUGCAUUCUCACUGUCCAGUAUUUUUACAAUUGGAGCUGACACUACAAGUGUUAUCAGCCAGUUGCUCUUCCUUCCAAACAUAAUGUGAAUCCGACUCCAGUUGGCAGACGAAAGGAAAGAGUAUCUUCCCAGUCCAGCUCCAUUACUACUUCCCAUCCUUCGCUCAUUCUACAACAUAUCUCACGGCCGAAGACCAGACAAGCUCUUCAUGCUGAAUUGUGUUGUGUGGACUGUCUUGCAGUUUUUAGCUAACUCUUUAAUUGGUGAAACCGGAAGGGAGUUGGAAUUAGUUUUAUUGGAAAACCAAUUGAAUGCAUGUAUAUAUUUAAAAGAGGAACAAAAAAAAAAACAAAACAACAACAACAGCGCUAGCUCAUUCUACCAGCUAUGACAGAUGCAAAACCAUCAGCAGUUAUCUCAAGCAAAAAUCCAAAGGGAUGGGGAAAAAAAACAACUGUAUAUUAAAUGCAAUGUCUUAAUUGUUAUUUCAUACAAAAAUAUUAAUAACGUUAGCAUUUAAAAAGCAACAUUUUUGUUAUUUUUCCUGGUUUUAAUUUGGGUGUUUGUAGCUCCAGGCAUGGUUCGUCUUUUCUGGGUGAUGGUGUGUUUGUUGCUGCCCUGAUGGAAAGACGGGCCCUUAGGGUUUGUGCCUCUGCUUCACACGCCUGUUUUUAGUUACGUUUUAUCACUCUACAUGCUCUCGCUGCAGUUAAUUGUUGCACUAAUUGCCUGUGUGUGUACAUAAAUUGGUUGAUUGAGCUGUAUUGGUGCUGAGAGCAUGCUAACUCAUUUGUGUACCUCUGGUUUGGUUUUCUUAACUUUUAAAAGUCUGACCGAAAGAUUAACAUUGAAAAUCGCAGCGAGCUGCAAGGUUUUAAAUAGUAAAUUGUUGAUGUGGUUUAAAAAAAAAAAAAAAAAAAGAAACCUCGACUGAGUUGAUUUGAUAACACUACUGGUUACAUUUGAGGAGGUGAAUUUGAGUUGUUUAGUUAUUGACCCAAACAUCGCUUGUUACCUCAAAAUUACACCGUAAUUGACUGAAUUUUAUUGUCUUUUUACUUUAUACAUUGCCUAUGUCACUUCGGUUAAAGAAUGUUUUUUAAUGUUUAAUGUGUUUUUGUUUUGUAUUUUCGAAAAAGACCAAAAAAUAAAUACAAUAAUAAAUAGG